AACAAAAGAAUUCUACGAAUGUGCCGCUUAAUUCAAUUAACACAAAAGGUGGAGAAGAUGUGGAAAGCUACCAUGGGAGGAACAUCAAGAAAUCUUCUUUUUCUCUCUCUUCCUCAACUAGAUACCUCCGUCAACACCCAUCUCUCAAACUUCGCAAACCCACUAGGGUUUUGCCAGGGUUUAGUUCCCUAUGCACCAUCACAACCACCGCAACCCCAGCCCCGGUCAUUGAGGCUGACCAAGUGAAGCAUGAAAUGCUUCUUGAAAGAUUGAGACUUAGACACCUCGAGGACUCUGGUAAACCCGCACUAGCUGAAACCCAAGAGUUAGUGAUGGAAAAUGAAGUAUCUGAUAAGAAGAGAAAGAAUGAGGAGGUGCUGCUAAGACAGGAUGAGGCGAUGUUAGGUAUGCUGAUGAAGCCUAAGCGUCCACAAGCUGUUGUGCUAUGCCCCACAAGGUUUUUUUGUGUGGCAAAAUCUAUUAGUCAUCACGCACGAUUUAGGUCUACCAUGGUCAGUGGUGGAGGCGAGUUGAGACCACAAGAGGAUUCAUUGAAUAAUCCAAUAGAAAUGGUUGUUGGGACCCCUGGCAGGGUUCUCCAACAUAUUGAGGAUGGGAACAUUGCUUAUGGUGACAUCAAAUACUUGGUUCUGGACGAGGCAGACACAAUGUUUGACCGUGGCUUUGUACCUGACAUUCCCAAGUUUCUUGGCCCACUAAAACAUCAUGCAUCAAAAUCCAAUGGCCAUGGAUUUCAAACUAUUCUAGUUAUUGCAACAAUGACAAAAGAACUUCAAGUUACUGAUCUUUUUGAGGUUUUCCAAGUGGUACAGAAGCUGGUUAAUGAGGAAUUUCAAGGAAUAGAACAGUCACAGACAUCAACGCUGCACAUAAAAAUAACAUCUGCUUGCCAUGAUUUCAUCAAACUAUCAGGUUCCAAAAACAAGCUGGAAGCAUUGUUGCAGGUUCUUAAGCCCAGUCUGGCUAAGGGGAACAGAGUAAUGGUAUUCUGUAACACAUUAAGCCUUAGCUGUGCUGUUCAUCACUUCCUUGGAGAAAGUCAUAUCUCCACUGUUAACUAUCAUGGAGAGGUUCCAGCAUAACAAAGGUGAGAUAACACUGUGUGUAUACAUGCUAAAUGUAACAUAGGGAAUGAAACACUUGGAGGCAUGUAAUGCUCAUUCAAAGUACUCUCCUAAAUAAUUUCUUUGUAAACUCUGGGUAGAAAACCUUAAUAAGUUCAAGAGUGAUUGUGGAGACUGUCCCACAUUAGUCUGCACGAACUUGGCUGCUAGAGGACUGGACUUGGAUGUUGAUCAUGUUAUAAUGUUUGAUUUCCCCUUGAACUUUGUCAGCACUAUAUUGGGUGUCAGGUUGUUGAAAUUUCUCCAGACCCUGUAUUCCCUCACUUCCUUUCUCCCUUAUUUCCUUGUGCUUAGAGAUUUUUAUCUUACUUUGUUUUUAUUUUCCUUUUAGAUUGACUACCUUCAUCACACAGGGAGAACUGCUGUAUGGGUG